AUGGCAUCCGACACUUACCCGCACACGUUCACCUGGAAGGGCUGGGGCAGCACUGUCGUUGCCACCGGCACCUUCGACAACUGGUCCAGUUCGCUCCCGCCUCUCAACAAGCAGCCCGACGGCACCUUCGCCGGCCAGAUCGGCGUCCCGUUCGGCAACAAGAUCCUGUACAAGUUCGUCGUCGACGGCCAGUGGGUCAACAGCCCCGACGACCCGACCGAGACGGAUGGCAGCGGCAACGUCAACAACGUCUUCCAGGUCCCCGACAAGACGGCGAUCGUCGCCCAGGCGACCCCGACCGACGCCGCCCUCCCCGUUCCCGAGUCGUCGUCGACCGUCGCCGGCAACGUCUCCGCGCUCCCCGCCACGUCCGUCGCCGCCGGCUCGACCAACACGUCGCCCGCCCCGGGUGUUGCUGCCCAGGUGCAGGCCAAGGCGGCCGAGGCGGCGACGACCGCCCAGGACGUCGCGUCGCAAGCCCAGCAGAAGGCCGUCGAGGUCGCUCCCGUCGUCAAGGACCAGGCCGUCGACCUCGCCAACAAGGCGAGCGAGACCGUCAAGCCGGCUGCCGUCGCCAUCGGUGGUGCCGCUGUUGCGGCUGCCGGCGCUGCCGCCGCCGGAAUCGCCGCGCUCGCCUCGUCGGCGACCGAGACCGCCAAGGACGCCGGCAACGUCGCGCAGGAGAAGGCGCAGGACCUGUCGGCCAAGGCGCCGUCGUCGACGGCCCCUCCGCUCAACAACAUCGACGGUGGCCCGACGCUGCCCGCCCCGACCGAGAAGCCCGUCGCGCCGCACGACACGCCCAUCACGACUACAACCAACUCGCUCGCGCAGCAGUCGGUCCCGACGGUCCCGGCCGCGUCGUUCGUCGCGAGCCACGUCUCCGAGUCGGCCGCCCCGAGCACGACCGAGGCCGCGCCCAAGUACGACGAGCACACCGCCGUCGUCGCCAAGGACGACAAGGCGCCUCUCGCCGGUGCUCCCGUCGCCGGCGCUAGUGCCUCGACGUCGAGCGGCGUCGCGCCCGUCUACAACGAGCACACGGCCGUCGUCGCCAAGGAGGGCACCACGCCGCAGGGCCCGUCGACGCCCGUCGCCGGCUCGAGCGCCGAGAACUACGUCUCGGGCGGCGCUGCGCCGCAGGAGGACGAGCACGCGCCCAAGGUCGAGGGCCUCGUCGCCCCCAAGGAGCACCCCGAGGACGCGCCCGCCAUCGCCGCCGGCAUCGCCGCCGUCGGUGCUGCCGUCGCCGGUCUCGGCGUUCUCGGCCACAAGGCGUACGAGGUCGUCCACCCGCACGCGCAGCACGCUGCCGCCGCGACCAACCAGUCGCUCCAGGACGCGGCCCACACGGCCGACGCGUACCUGACGCAGGCUCGCCAGGGCGGCGAGCAGCGCCUGCACGACGCGCAGAAGGCGGCGCACGACGCGGCCGUCCACGCGCAGCAGCAGGCGCAGGCGGCGUACGAGCAGGCGCAGGCGCAGGCCGCUCACGCCCGCGAGGGCGUCCUCGGCGCCGUCGGCUACGGCAAGAAGAAGGUCGACGAGGCAACCACGCCCGCACCGACGUCGUCGACGUCGACCGCGACGCCUGUCGCCGCCGGGAUCCCCGACAAGGAGAUCUCGCCCUUGCCGGCGAGCGAGGCGCCCGUCGCGACUGGCAAGCCCGACCCGCACCCGCCCGUCACCAAGGCGGUCGUCCCGUCGGCGGCGAGCUCGUCGACCACGACCGAGGCGCCCAACGUCCCCGAGAAGGAGAUCACGCCCCUCCCGGCCUCGGAGGCGCCCGUCGCGUCCGCCGACAGCAACCGCGUCCCGACCGACCUCAACGCGGUCGUCCCCAAGCCGUCGCCCAUGUCGUCGUCGUCGACUAGCGCGCCGGCGCAGCCCGCCUCGACCGUCGAGGCCGUCGCUCGCAGCCCGGCCGCAGUCGCCGCUCCGACCUCCUCCGCGUCGACGAGCACCCCGAUCGUCAAGGCCGCGGCACCUUCGCCGCCGCCUGCGCAGCCGCUCCCGGCCGCUCCCGCCGCCACGUUCGCCCUCGCGCCGCCGGUCGCACCCAUCGAGCCCCCCUCGACCGCCAAGUCGGCCGUCCCGGUCGCUCCUGCCGCCGCUCCCUCGGCUGACCUCGUCGCUGCGCCCUCGGCCACGACGGCAACUACGUCCAAGCCGACUGCCGCACCCUCCUCGACGCCCAUCGCCGCCGCUCACGCCCGCUCGCCGACGCCUCCUCGCGCCACUCCCGCCUUUGCGCCCUCGAACCCGUCGACGCCGCAAAAGCCCGAGACGUUCACGACGGCGCCGAGCACGCCGGCGAACUCGGUCGGUCGCGCGUCGGGCGUCCAGGCGCAGCAGGCGUCGCUCGGGCAGGGUGCUGCGCCGAGCAGCCCGGCCGUGAGCGAGACGGCGAGCUCGAAGGACGGCAAGAGGCGGAGCUUCUUCUCGAGGGUGUUCUCGAGCUCGAGCAAGAAGGACAAGUGAGGACGGGCCGCAGAGACUUGGUAGACAGACAGAUCCCCUCUCGUUGGACGUUGUGCGACCGCGUGCUCCUCUUUUCCCCUUUCCUCGCCUCUUUACCCCUUCCUUGGCUAGCGUCUCCUCCUGUUAAUGCGUCUGUGUUCCUGUUCCC